AUGGGUGACGCUACUGUCCGUAAGCUAUUUAAAAACGACGCUGUCAUUGGUGCGACGCAGUACUAUCCGUCGAAUGAACCACUCAUAGGAGCUGCAUAUCCCUCGUCCGUAUAUUCGAGAAACGCUACUCUCCCGGUUCUGUUCCAACCCCUGAAGAUCCGUUCAGUCGAGUUCAAGAACCGCAUAUGGGUUUCGCCCAUGUGUCAGUACUCCAGUGACAACGGGCAUGCAACAGACUGGCAUCUGGUCCAUCUUGGUGGCUUUGCUACCCGCGGAGCUGGAGCCAUCAUCGUGGAAGCUACUGGUGUCGUGCCGGAGGGACGCAUCUCACCCGAGGACGCCGGUCUCUGGCAGGAUAGCCAGAUCGCACCUCUGAAGCGCAUCGUCGACUUUGUCCACGCACAGGGAGGGCUGAUUGGUGUUCAGCUCGCCCAUGCCGGAAGAAAAGCGAGCACCUAUGCGCCUUGGGUUCAGAAUAGACGGAACGCAGACAAGAGUGUGCCUAGGAACGAUGUUGCUGGCGUGGAGGAGAAUGGCUGGCCGGACUACGUUGUUGGACCGUCCGACAUCCCGUUCAAUGAUGUUUAUCCCAAGCCGAAGCCAUUGACGAAGGAAGGCAUCGAGAAUGUGGUGAACGCGUUCGCUGCCGCGACCGAGCGUUGCAAGAAGGUUGGCUUUGACUUCAUCGAGGUCCACGGCGCCCACGGGUAUCUGAUCUCCUCCUUUGUGUCACCCCUCUCCAACAAGCGUACCGACGAGUACGGCGGCUCGCUCGAGAAUCGCAUACGUCUUGCCGUCGAAGUCGCAAAGAGAAUACGCUCUGUCUGGGGCGAGGAGAAGCCGCUUUUCUGGCGUCUGAGCGCCGUCGACUGGGCCGAGGGUCCGGAAAAGGACGAAGCGACCGACGAAUGGAAGCAAUGGGGUAUUGAGCAGAGUACAGUGCUGGCUGGAGAGCUGCAGAAGGUUGGCGUAGACUUGAUCGACGUCAGCUCUGGCGGCAACUGGAACGCUCAAAAAAUCACGAUUGGGCCCGGAUACCAGGUGCCAUUUGCGGAGCACAUCAAGCAGGCAAUUCCAAGCCUGCUCAUCGGUACAGUUGGCCUGAUUACGGACCCACAGCAAGCGGAAGGGUACCUAAAGGAUGGGAAGGCCGAUACUAUUAUUCUGGCAAGAGAGCUUCUGAGGCACGUCGACUGGCCUUUGUACGCCGCCCAAACCCUUGGGGUAGCCGUCAAGCCGGCUGAUCAGUACGAGCGUGCCUGGUCGAGGUUGUUGCAUGAUUAGAUGUGAAGUAGGAGAUUUAGUGACCUUAGAAUCAUUC